AAUUUUGAUUCGGAUUAUCACGCUGCCACUGAAGCUUCUUCAACCUUCAACUGUCCGAAUAUCGGUCUCCAACAAAAGGUCACAGGGCCGGGUUCGAAGGAAGAAGGCGAUGACUGUAGCAGCAGGGAUCGGCUACACCUUGAUAGCGUUGGGCCCUUCUCUCGCCCUUUUCAUCUCCGUCAUUGGUCACAAGCCUUUCUUGAUUCUCACUCUCCUCUCCAGCACCCUGUUAUGGCUCAUUAGUUUGAUACUGCUGUCUGCGUUAUGGAGGGGCUUUCUUCCACUGAACUCAACAAUAUUGUGGCCUUAUGCAACUCUUAUAUUGACAUCAGUCAUUUUUCAAGAAGCUCUACGGGUUCUUUUCUGGAAAGUCUACAGGAAAUUAGAAGACAUGUUAGAUGCUUUCGCUGACAGAGUUUCAAAGCCGCGUCUAUAUUUGACAGAUAAGAUGCAGAUUGCUCUAGCUGGGGGUUUAGGUCAUGGUGUAGCUCAUGCCGUGUUUUUCUGUCUUAGCCUUCUAACACCAUCAUUUGGUCCAGCCACUUACUUUGUUGAUCGGUGCUCCCAGCUACCAUUUUUUCUCGUCUCUGCUAUCAUUGCUCUUGCAUUUGUCACUAUCCAUACUUUCUCUAUGGUCAUUGCAUUCAAUGGAUAUUCAGAGGGGAAGAAAGUGGACCAGUAUUUUGUUCCAGUCAUCCAUCUUGCCGCAGGAAUGGUGACGCUGGUAAACUUUGCAUCUGGAGGUUGUGUAAUUGGUAUCCCUCUGCUAUAUAUAAUGGCAAGUCUAACCUUGAUUCACUGUGGGAAAAUGGUUUGGAGAAGAUUGAUGGAAAGCCGAAGUAGCCAAGGUAGUCGGUAACAUCGUUAACCCUUCUUCUGCUGUAAUAUUGCUAACUCAGCAUCUUGAAGAAGGUAUCUUCGAGAGAACAUCUAUUCCCCAUGUUUGUUCGUCUAUUAUUCAUUCGGGAAUCUGCAAGUGAAAACACCCGUAUUUUUCGAUGAACACGGCGAACUCGACUUCAUAGCCUAUGGAAAUGUCAUUUGUUUCUUCUGAACAAGAAUCCAGCAUUAACAUGAUAACACAUUUCUUAAAAGUACUGAUUACAUUUCUGUAUUACUUAUGGUU